AUGGUUCUCCCGGGUCUCCCCUUUGGCUUGACCUGGGGUGAAUGGGGUAAAGGUUCAGAGCGGAGAGCGGCCAGGACUGAACUGGAUCAGCUGCCUCAGUCUGUCAUCUGGGUGGGAGGCUUUCAGUUGGCACCUGCUCAGCCCACCCGGAGACGUGCUUGUCGGGAGCUGGAGAUUGAGGUCCUUCCGUCCCCUCUACUUCUGGAGGAGGAAGAAGAGAGAGCGAGGACUCAGUUCUGGGGAUCUUGCCUGGCAGUUAGACCCGCUCCACGAUCUGGAUCUUCUCAGCGUCACCGUCGCCGAAAGAAAAAGGCGGCGGCAUCUCCUGAGCCUGAGUUUGACCUGGAUUAUGAUCCUGAGCUUGACCCAUUCUGCCCCGAGUACAUCGGGUACUGCUCGGCCAGGUCGAUGGUCCCCGUUCCUCCAGUUCCGCCUCCGUCUCGCCCUCCAGCGUCUUCCCCGAGACGUUCCCGGACAUCGCCUCCUCCUGUGCCACUUCUGAGGAAGUCCCGGAUGCCUCUCACCUCUGUGCCUCCUCCGAGAGGUUCCAGCACUGCCUGCGUCCUGAAGAGGUGGGACGCUUCCACCUCCAUUUCUGCUCCGGCGAGACUAGAUGCAUCCACUGCCUCUCACCCUCAGGAGAGGAUUGAUGUUGCUACAACCACCUGCUCUCCAGCGAGGCUGGAUGUGUCUACCUCCAUCUCUGCUCCGGAGGGAGGAAGUUUUGGUGACCACCCUGGCUGCACUGGCGGUGUUCGUGGCCACAGCUCUGGUGGAGCUUUGUUCCCUCCUGUCGCGGUUCCUGGGACGGAGCACACGGAGCCAGAGUCGGAGCCAGAGCCUACAUCUGGGUCCUCGCCGCCUGCAGCUGAGUCAUCCUCGCCGUCUACAGCUGAGUCCUCCUCGCUGUCUGCAGCUGAGGACUCCAAGCCGUCUGCAGCCCCCAAGGUGGUCCACGACCCUGCUGCAGUCCCAGCCAAGCUCUCAUUGCCAGCUGCAGCCCCCCCUGAGCUCACGCCGCCUGCUGCAGCUAAGACCGCUACGCCACUUGCUGUAGCCUAGCCUCCAUCACUGUCUGCUGCAGCCCCAUCAUCUUCUGGUCCUGCAGAGUCUCCUCCAGAGCCGGCCCC